AUGUUGGGCGAAGCGAUCAUUUUAGCCGGUGUCAUUUUUGCGUUGUUGAUGGUCCAUAAACAAGAUAUUGCGAAGGUGAGGACUAGAAAUACAUAUAUGGACUAGGGAUUUGGAUUUCUAGGCCAUCACUCUAGAUUUUUGGUAAAAUAUAUUAUCGAAAAUCUCAUCGGUACCACGUGCUCCACACGCAAUGCAGACCGCGUCGCGCCACAACACACACACAAAAAAGGGAGGGAAUUUGAAUGUGUUGUGGCGCGGCGCGGUCUGCGUUGCGUGUGGAGCGCGUGAUACCGAUGAGAUUUUCGAUGAUAUAUGUUUUCCAGUACAGUACAUGAUCACAAUUCCCUAAAAUUGCAGAACUCAUGAGUUAUGACGUGGCAAAGAUCGUAAAUUUUGAAAAUCCGCGAUUUUAGAAGUUGAAAACUAGCUUCAAAAAUGAUUUUCAGACAAAUUUAAUAGCACAGGGUGGUUCCGAACAGCCAUAUGAUAUUAAAUUUGCAUGAAAAUUAUUUUUGAAGCUAGUUUUCGGCUUCUAAAAUCCCGGAUUUUCGAAAUUUCCGAACUUUGCCACGUCAUAACUCAUGAGUUCUGCAAUUUUUUUGGGAAUUCUGAUCAUGUACUGUACUAGAAAACAUAUAUUUUAUCAAAAAUCUACCCCCGGCGGACUAGUUUUCGCCUGACCUAACAUCCCAAAUAAUUUCCUCUUCCAGGGUGGUGAUGGUAUCCCCUUCAUUGGUCAUUAUUUGGACGAAAUCGAUGAUUUCCUCAAAAGACUGCAACAACAAAAUCGUCGUCGAAACAUUAAUGAUUCGGAAAUGAAGACUGCUCGCAGUCUCAGCGGACAGGAAAAAUUUGAACCAAUUGAACGUGAGUUUGGAGACUGGGAAGCCUGAAAACCGGUCUGGGAGUGAUUUUUAGGCCUGGAAGUUCCCCCAAAAAAUCCAAAUUUUUGCAGCCCGAACUCGAUCCUCGACACGCAAUCGACACCAUCGCAAACAUCGCUCAAAAAAUGAAAAUGAUCAUUAA